AGGACUAUACCUCGUCUGUGAUAACAAUUGACGACAUGAAAAAAAUAUUGUUUUUAAUUUAAUUAAUUAUUAGUAUUUUUUGUACAAAUAUUUAUGUAUACAUAAAUAAUAGAAUUGUAAUACAUUUGUAGAAAAGAAGCUUAACUUAUAAUUCGACGUUUAUUUAUUAUUAAAUGACUUUAUUAUGUUCUUAGGGACUGAAAAAAACAAUAAAAUUCAAUUUAGAGUUGAUGGCUAACAGAUUAAAAUUUGUAAUCAAAUUUACUAAAAUUAUUAAUUGUAUUUUAUUUCAAAUGGCAGAAAUGAGUUUUUGUUUAAUUGCGAAUUUAUGGAAAUAUGAUUUUGUAAAAAUUUCCGCGGUCAAUAAAAGUAGUACAUAAUAUUUUUACAAAUAUUGUUUAUUAAUUUUUUAUAAUAGUUUUUUAGAUUGAUACUAUCGAUCCAAUGACAUUAUCUUUAGUACUAUAUUUCCGUGGCAACGUGUACACAUCAAUCGAUUCGAAAUUUUUCACAGAUGCCACAUUUAGAAGUCAAGUAUAAGUAUAUAUUCUAGAACGUGCUAGAAGUUUUUCGGAAGCGCAAACACGAAAAUGUCGUUCGAGUGAGCACUUGUCGUGGAUGAAAGGUAUCGCAGUUCUCUCGUAAGGUUAACGUAUUCCUGUUUUCAUACUACGUGUGGUGUCAAAUUAAAUUAAUUUAGACAAAGUUAAAAAUGUCGCAAGAAACAACACUGUUGCAUUGUUACAAUCGUGGAUGUGGGAAAAAAUUUGAUCCCAGUAACAACAAAGAAGAUGACUGUGUUCAUCAUCCUGGUUAUCCAGUGUUUCACGAUGCUUAUAAAGGCUGGUCUUGUUGUAACAAAAAAUGUACAGAUUUCACAGAAUUUUUAAAUAUUAAAGGUUGUGUUAAAUCAUGCCACUCGAAUAUAAAGCCACCAGAGCCAGAAAAGCCUGCAGUUGAUAAGUCUAAAACUAAUGAAAUAAUAGAAGUUAUCGCACAACCUAUUAACAAUGGUCCUACGUUGAAAAGGCCUCCUUUUAAUUCUCCACAAGUUACUUUAACACCAACUGUAUCACCAACGUUAUUAGAACAAAUUAAAGGGCUAAAGUCAUCAGAGUCAUUGGAAAAUGUAUCAGAUGCUAACAUUCAAAUUGGCCAGACUUGUAAAAAUAAUGCAUGUAAAGCUACAUAUAAUGGUCCUGAAUCUAAUAAUGAAGUCUGUAAUCAUCAUCCUGGUACUCCUAUCUUCCAUGAGGGUAUGAAAUAUUGGUCUUGCUGUCAAAAGAAAACUACAGACUUUUCUAUAUUUUUGGAGCAACCAGGGUGUAUGCAAGGAAAACACACUUGGAUUUCCAAGAAUGUUGGUAAAAAGAAAGAGUGCAGGUUGGAUUGGCAUCAAACAGGGACAUUUGUUGUAGUUUCAGUUUUUGCUAAGAAGUAUCUGCCGGAUUUAUCCACAGUUAAGUUAAAUCCUAUACGUUUAACCGUGGAUUUAUGUUUUGCAGAAGAUAACUCCAGAUAUUCUCAUGAUUUGGAGUUAAGAGGGGUUGUCGACAUUGAACAAAGUAGCGUUAAUAUGCUUCCUACUAAAGUAGAAAUCAAAUUAAGAAAAGCUGAACCUGGAUCAUGGACAAAAUUGUAUUUCCCUAGAGAAGAUAAAAUAGAAACUAAAAAAAAUAUUUCUAAUGAUGAAACCAUUUGCGCACAAGUGGAAGCUGUUGAUCUUAGUGAUCUUUGAGCAUUUACAUAUAUUUUACUAUAAAUAAAAUCAUAAUAUAUGUACCUAUAUUAUAUUUAAGAACGAUCCUUUAAUUUUAAGAUGUAAAGAAAUAUUGUUUUCUUAAUGUUGUUAGAAUUAUGUUUUUGAGAAGAAAAAUAGGAAUACAUA